AGACACAAGGGAGAGAGACAGAGAAGGAGAGAGACAUCCCAGCAUUACUCCACUGCCUGUGAAGCUUCCCUUGGAGCAAGUGCUUCCAUGUGGUACUGGGGGCUGGAACCAGUGUCCAUACUCAUAACAGCUGGAGUGGACCGUUCCAUCCCAGGGUCUAAGAGAAAGUCACAGUUAGUUUCAAAAAGGAAGGAAGACCCAUGGCCUCCUUGGAGAGUGUGUACCUAUGACAUCUCUGCAGAGAAAUUCGCCUCCUUCUUCCCUGGGGCCCUGCAGACAGUGGCAGGCUGUCUGCACCACUCCUGUUUGCCCUGGACGCCUGUGGUCCACCUCUUAUGCACUCCAGCACCCCCAUUAGCUCCCUCUUCUCCUUCACCAGCCCGGCAGUGAAGAGACUGCUAGGCUGGAAGCAAGGAGAUGAAGAGGAAAAGUGGGCAGAGAAGGCAGUUGACUCUCUAGUAAAGAAACUGAAGAAGAAGAAAGGGGCCAUGGAUGAGCUGGAAAGGGCCCUCAGCUGUCCGGGCCAGCCCAGCAAAUGUGUGACGAUCCCUCGCUCUCUGGACGGAAGGCUACAGGUGUCCCACCGCAAGGGUUUGCCACAUGUCAUUUACUGCCGAGUGUGGCGCUGGCCUGAUCUCCAGUCUCACCACGAGUUGAAGCCACUGGAGUGCUGUGAGUUUCCAUUCGGCUCCAAGCAGAAAGAAGUCUGCAUUAAUCCUUAUCACUACCGCAGGGUGGAGACUCCAGUGCUGCCUCCGGUACUGGUACCAAGACACAGUGAAUACAACCCCCAGCUCAGCCUCCUGGCCAAGUUCCGCAGCGCCUCCCUCCACAGUGAACCACUCAUGCCCCACAAUGCCACCUACCCUGACUCCUUCCAGCAACCUCCCUGCUCUGCAUUCCCUCCUUCACCUGGGCAGUUCUCCCAGUCCUCAUGCAUGGCCAGUUACCCUCACUCCCCAGGAAGCCCUUCGGAGCCAGAUAGUCCCUAUCAGCAUCCAGUUGACACACCACCCCCGCCUUAUCAUGCCACUGAAGCCCCAGGGACCCAGAAUGGCCAACCUGUAGAUGCCACAGCUGAUAGUCAUUUAGUGCUGCCCGUGCCUAAUGGAGACUUCCGGCCAGUGUGCUAUGAGGAGCCGCAGCACUGGUGCUCAGUUGCCUACUAUGAACUGAACAACCGAGUUGGGGAAACUUUCCAGGCUUCCUCCCGAAGUGUGCUCAUAGACGGAUUCACAGAUCCUUCGAAUAACAGGAACAGAUUCUGUCUUGGACUUCUUUCUAAUGUUAACAGAAAUUCAACAAUAGAAAACACCAGGAGACACAUAGGAAAGGGUGUGCAUUUAUACUAUGUUGGAGGAGAGGUCUAUGCUGAGUGUGUGAGUGACAGCAGUAUCUUUGUACAAAGCCGGAACUGCAACUACCAGCACGGCUUCCAUCCAGCCACCGUCUGCAAGAUCCCUAGUGGCUGCAGCCUCAAGAUUUUCAACAACCAGCUCUUUGCACAGCUGCUGGCGCAGUCAGUUCACCAUGGAUUUGAAGUUGUUUAUGAGUUAACUAAGAUGUGUACUAUCCGAAUGAGUUUUGUUAAGGGCUGGGGAGCCGAGUAUCAUCGCCAAGAUGUCACAAGCACUCCCUGUUGGAUUGAGAUUCAUCUUCAUGGGCCAUUGCAGUGGUUGGACAAAGUUCUGACUCAAAUGGGGUCUCCACAUAACCCCAUUUCUUCAGUGUCAUAACAGUCGUGUUUCAGCCUACAUUUCUACAGAGUAAAUGCUGUUGCAGGCCAGGGCUUUUAUCAUAUCAGAUUGCAACAAACUGAGGUUUCUAAGUACAUGUUUAAAUACAUAUUAUAUGCACUGUUCCUGCUUUUAUCACCAUUUGUCCUGUGCUAACCUGAUGCCAGUAUAUAGCUGUUAGAAAAUCAGAUUUGGCUUUUUAUUUUGUGCCUAUGCUACAAGUUACAGCAAAUCCUUUUAUAAGAGGAAAUAAUUCAAAGUCAACAGCUAUGCCAAUAGCAUUUGAAGGGUAUUGGAAUAAAAUGCAGCUUUAGUCAAUCAUGUCAUUAUAAGGCACACUGUGUGGCCUACCGGAAAAAUAUUAGCUGUUUAUAUAGCAAAAAGCAGUUAUUAGCAGCACUAGAACAAAUAAUACAUCCAGACAAAACAAAGAAUCAAACCUAUAAAACUUUAAAGAAUUUCAUUCUUAGUAUCAGUGGCAAAACAAACAAAAACAAACUUGUACAAUCAAUUAUGUAAGAUGUAAGAUAAGACACUUAUUUUUUAUUCUAUUUCUGAAGUUGAAAUACCUAUAGCUGGACUAUUAUGCGGAUAUGAACGAUACAUUUUAAAAAGAUUUAAACUGUGAUUGGAAAAGAAAUUGAAGCAUGGUCAUAUUACCUCAUUAUAUACCUAUCACUAUUUUAAAGAAAACGAGUCUAAUAUGGGAAGAUAAACAUGAAAUUAGCAUGGCAUUAAUAAUAUUUCCAAAUUGCAAGCUAAGAUCAGAACUUGUCUAAGAAUCACCCAGGUAAACUCCUGCUUUCCAUGAAGAAAGUCAGGUCCCUGUGUUCCUGGCUAUAUUUAUGUUGGGUUGUCUGUUCUGCAAGACUUCUGAGUUUGUAUAGUAACUACAUGACUACGUGCUUAAGUUCCUGGUGUGGAAGGAAUGAAACACAUAGCAUGUUUACUUCUAUUUUCUCACAUUCCUAUAUUAAAAAUCAGGUGAGGAUGUCCCUUGUGCUAUGUCUUCCUCACUUACUGGCAAAUGUUAACUAACUAUAGACUAUUAAAACAAUGGUAGAACAUUUGGGAAAAUCUGGAUACAUUGCUUGGACCAAACUCUUGGGUUAUUUAACAGUGUCUCUAUGGAUUAAAUCAUUUGCUAGGCAAGUCUGGUGAUCUCUUUAAUAACUUUCCACAUGAAAAUGAUGUUUUCAUAAUUGAGGUAACAUCUAGGGGAAACUGUGGAACUGAAUAAUAGGAUUUAAGAACAAAUCCACAAUAUUUAAAAAGUAAACUUUUUUUUUUUUACUCUUGGGUGGUAGAGAAAAAUUCCCCAAAAUUUCAUAUGUAAGAAUAUAAUUCUCACCCACUAAACACUGCAUUUCUUGGGAAAACAUUUCACACCCUCUUAAAAUGUUUAUUUUAGGAAGGUGAACAUACUUGUAAUAGAUGGUACAUCAGUAAUUAAAAAGAUUUCUCCAUUUGUACAUCCUCUCUCAGCUCUAGCAUUAGUGCACAAAGUAGUCAUUUCUCAAUAAAUUGAAUUCAAGGUAGAAAUGAUCAUGUUAAAAGAAGGAGUACUACUGUCACCUCUUAUAAUGACUAGUGUUAUGUAAUAGAAACAUUCAUAUAUACAAUAGAAAAUAGAUGUUACAUUUCACAUUAAAACUAGGUGACCUAUUUAGCAUUUAGAACCCCCCCCAUAGUUUAUUGGUUUAUCAACUAUGUAUUGUGCACUUAUAUAUGCCUGGUACAAUGUUAGGUACUGUGGAAUCAAAUAUAAACACGAGACAGGUCUAGCCCACUGGAGAUGAGAACUAACAGUAAAUCUGUACAGAUUUCUUCAUGUUUUAGAUCUUUUCAAACAAAACAGGUGAGUUGUCUUUUGCUUGAAAAAAAUGUAAUUCUUUUUAUCUGAUUUUGAAACUUAAUUUCCUUUCUUCUCUGAGCAUCCAGGCAGUGGAUGAAGAUAUCCUGAAUGCUAGUUUUCUUCUGACUUAAAGUUCUUUCUUUUUUUGUUGUUAUUGUUGUUUCCUUAUUUUGCAGUAAUUCCUCUCCUUUUUUUUUUUUUUGAAAAGGUACUAAUAGGGCAAGUCUACUUCAUAUGAGCAUAAACUACUCAUGGUUUGUGCUGCAGAGAGCAAUGAUAGCUUUCUUGAUCUCACCAGAAACAAUCAAAAAGCCUCUGGUAAUAUAUACCUUUAUAGGAUUCAUUGGAACUGGCUGUUUAUAAGUGGAUUGUUUUGUUUUGUUUUAAAAGAAGGUUUUUUUGUGUAGUUUUGGGAAAUGACAGAAUAUUCAGUGUACCUGAACAUUUUGAAGAAAUUACAUUUAGGUGGCGCAUAUGCAUAUCACCAGACAUGUCUUUCCAUAAAGCCUUAAUUAGAGAAUUCAGAUUUGUUGGGAAGUUCACCUUUAGGUCACUGUAACAAAUAUGUUUUAAUCAGCACUUUAAAACCUUUCACUAGCAAGAAUUGUCACAAAUUAUGAUGCAGUAUUUGACUUCAAACUUCUCAAUAUACUCACUUAGCACUCAUACUUUGAGGUAGGAAUUUUUUAAAAUGUAACUGUUAUUUCUCAAGAUAGCUGUAAAGUAAGCAUGCUAAGCCACUAACUGUAUCAGCAAUGCCAAACAUUUUUAAAGCUACCAUGGACAAAGUUUGUGCAAGAGAAAAUUAAAAAAAAAAAUGGCAUUCUUAUAAAAUCCAGGGUAUUUAUCAUAUUCAAAUCUGCUGUUUUUCUUAUUUAAAAUUAAGAUAUGAAAAAGUUUGUUAGAUAUUUUAGUAUCUUCCAGUAAUUCAGGACUAUAAAGAAAUUAUUACAUUUUUUGUUUUGUUUUUAUUUUUUUACAUUCAGUGCAAAUUAGGAAAAAUUGGAAAACCUGAUAUUUUUUAAAAAACCUUUUCAUUGCUUUUAGGGAACUAUUGAAUACCAUCAUGAUAGAAACACAUUUUAUAAGUGUAUUUGCAAGACUUUAAAGUGCUGCUGGUUUAAGUUUGUGUCUCAAAUAUUUCAUACAUACAUAUGUGUGUUCAAUAAAUAAAGCAAAAAUAUGCAUUUCAAAUUUCUGUGUGAUUUAACAGCUGAACUGUAUGGCAAGAUUAUGUGAUUCUGGUGUAUGUUAAGUUUAAACUCAAAUUAAAACAAAAAAAGAGGAAGCUAUUAACAUAAUGCUUUCAAUUAUAUCAAGGCUUCAGCCAUCCUUCAAAUGGGUAUUUAUCUGGUUGCUUACAAUAAAAAAUAUUCUACCUGUG